AUCAAGGCGAUACUCGCUCGUCUUCAGAAAUACGGCAUCACAACCUUCAGCGAGGCCAACGUCAAUUAUGCGUUGCAGGCCACCAAUUCAGCCGGGAACGGCGACGAGGCUAUGCGACUGCUACUCCUCUUCGAAGACACGUACGAAGGCCUAGUCAAGACCUAUGAUCCCUCGACCAAGCUACUUGGUGCCGAGAACCGCGACGGUGUCACUUGCUACCUCGAUGCUCUGCUCUUUGCCAUGUUCGCGCGUCUCGAUAGCUUCGAAGCAAUGCUCUACAACUCGUUCGACGACCUACCACGCAAGAAACUGGCCGGCCUGUUGCGCCUGUGGGUCAACAUGUUGCGCUCGGGCCGACUCAUCACUCGGGAUAUCACAAAGUACUUACAGGAGUCGCUCGCCGAAUGUGGAUGGGAAUCAGCAGCUGAGCUAUGUCAACAAGACACGUCAGAGGCUUUCACAUUCAUCACUGGUCAGCUGGAACUCCCACUACUCACACUGAAGAUGGACUUGUUCCAUACGGGCAAGGAAGACCCGACCGAUGACCACAAAUUUGUAAACGAACGCCUGCUCGAGGUUGCUGUCGUCACAGAGCCGCCCGAGGGAAGCUCCGUUGUUACGCUCGAAGACUGCCUGGAAAGCUACUUCAACAAUCGAAUCGAAGUCAAACGCCAUCUCGACAGACGCAACACGCUACAAUCCGUAAGGUCGAGCGAAAGACUACGCCGAACGAACUCGUGUGAAAAAGGUGGAGCUAUGCACGUCGAAACAGUAGAAUACUUUGAUCAGGCAGCCACACCCCAGCCAGAACCAAGCACUCCAAUCAAGUCACCCUCUGCGCCUGGCACGCCGAUCAAGUCUCCCCUUGAUAGAAUCAGACCCGGUAUGAAUAGGAAGCGUGCCGAUAGUAUCUUCAGUCAACGGAGAGUGGCAGCAUCGACAUCAGAUGAGAAGAAAGGAUCCGAUGAUGCGGCGGGCACCCCUGGACGACCGCGUAAGAACUCGGUCCGCACCGAGGUGCUGAUGCCUGCCUGGCAAUUCUUCAAGCUACUUCCAUGGUACACUGAGAAUAUCAUCCCUACCAGUGAUGCGCAGGUCGCCGCGCACUUCUCCCGGAAGCGUCCAGUACUUGGUAUCGCUUUGAAGCGAUACCAGUACUCCAACACUGGUGUUGCAAGUCGUCUGGACACCUUUAUCGAUAUUCCUCUCGAGAUCGCGGUGCCGAGUUUUGUCUCUGAUGACGAGAUGGAGGAUCACAGCCCGCUUGUCGGCAACUUCAAGCUCGUUCUCCAGUCGGUUGUUUGCCAUCGUGGCGUAUCAGUCAACUCUGGUCAUUAUGUUUCGUUGGUUCGAGGACGCGCUGCAAAUGCUCAAAGUACUCAAAGUGCUGAUGGGCGCUCUGACCGUCCGGACACUGCCGGAAGCAGUGAAGAAGAAGAUCCUUGGAUGUUGUUUGAUGACCUUGCCAGAGAACGCGUUACCUACGUCGACAUCAACCAAAAGCUGAAAGAGGAGUGUCCUUAUCUCUUGUUCUACCAAGUUCAGCCCAUCGACGAGGAGCUCGUUCCC